AAGCGUUCUUAGUAUCUGAAACACUGAAUAGUAUUCAAUGUCAGCGGAGUUAUCCUUGUCACUUUUGAAACCCAUGCGAUUAAAAUAAUAAUUAUGACAUUUUGGAAUCUCCGCGUGAUGUCAGGCUACUACGUAGAUAACCGCCCUAAAUAAAUUCCCGACUUAACGGUAACCUGGAUCUCCGACACCGUCCGUUCCGAUUUCCUGACACUGCUAGUUAAUACCUUGGUGGUGCAAAAUUUCAACAGCAUUUGUGCCUAACUGAACAUGGGGAAUGUGGCAAGCGCUUUUUAUUCGGAAGCGGACGUGGUACAAACGCACCGGCCAGGGCCCAGUCCAACCGCCCGGCAAUGGGCUUUUAACAACUACGUGGUCGUCCAGCGAGAGACUGGAGAGUGGUGGCUGGGACGCCUUACCGAUAUCGAAGGGGAAGAGUUCUUCAUCGACUUCAUGUCGACCAGCGUUCCUCCUGGUUGGAUCCACUCUCGCCACGUUUGGCCCUACGAACCGCUCUCCUGCCAGCCACCGCCGGCCGACCGACUUGGUGACACUGUGCCAGCGCAAAUUGCCAUCCGUGUAUACGACAACGGUCCGUACGUGAUUCGUCCGGGUCGGUUGAUUCGUCCCGGUCGUAUUCAGUUCAAUUGGGUUGCUCUUGACGAUCUCAGCGAUCAAGCCGGAAUAGUGCGCUCCCAGGUUGUUCGUGGGUUCCAGCUCUUGGCACGUCUGCCGGCUCCGAACGAGGAGCCGCUUUACGGCCGGCGCAACGGCCUGGUCUGGACGAAGCAUGUCGUGCCUUUUGAAAAUGCUCACCGGAUACAGAGGAACCUGUACAAUCUGAUGUUCUGCGUGCAGGCUGCUUUCCCUCGCAGGGGCGCGCCGACUGAGUUCGGCGAUGGGCGAAUGUAUGUGCGGGCUGAGGACGACACAGUCACCUUUAUCUUCGCUGAACUACAUAGUGAGGUGCCAGAUGAAGCGAUGCUAUUCAACAAGGAAACGUUAAGCCGCAGUUGUCUUGAAAAGAAAUACUGGCAGUAUUGUAUCAGUGGUUCCGAAGAAAGUCCUACAGCGAAUUCGCAUGCCUGGAUAGUCAUUCCCAAAGAACAACGGACUGAAGAUACUUGGGUAGUCGUCAGCCGAGAAAAUACUCCCGCUGUCGAAGAGGAAACUGGGCGAUUUGACAGCCUUCCCUAUUGUGUAGUGGAGAAAAUUCUUUGCUGUCUGGAUCUGUUGUCGCAGAGUACUGCUAAAAGCGUAUGCACCUUAUGGCGUUCAAUUUUGGUUGACCCCGACGCCAGCCAGCAUCUGAUCAUCGAUACCACAAUCUUCGAUUCCACGGCUGAAAACUCCCAAAACCAUCACUACCGGAUUGCAGUCGCUUUGGAGGCGGCGAUCACGCAACAAACUCGCAGCAUCACGUACAUCAGCAGAGCCCGCCAUCACGACUACCUGGACGAUGAUCCGUGGGAGAACGCCCUCUUCCAUCUGUUGCAGAUAAAGGGAGUCAUGCUAGAUCACCUGGUCAUUAAAGACCGCCAUGCGCGGCUGCGCGUACUCCGCGCCAAACACUUGGUACCGACGCCGAUAUAUAAAUACACCUGCCACCACCUGUUGCGUUUUAUUCCGGUCUGUCGCCAGCUGAUCCUCCUCGACUGUACGCUGAAGAAUUUCCUAUACAACCUUAAUUACACACGCGGCAGUAUAUCCGAUCUCCUUCCGAAAAUGGGCGCAAAGGCGUAUCUUAGCGUUACUUGCCGUCCCCGGCGCGAUGUUGCGGUGAGUCAGUGUAAUCUGCGCUGCAGUGACCCGCCGGCGAAGUUACUACGGACGAUUUUAUUGGCUGUCAAUAGCAGCUGUUCUCCCGAUCCCAAUAUUUACGCGCGAGUGACGGCUAUCCAUCAACGAAUGCUCCAGACGUUAUCGUAUCCCAACGAGUGGGCCCAGAUUCGAGAAAUCAUCCAGCUGUUCAAUGGAUUUCGGCCCAAUGGAUCGCCACAAAGCUGGCAGGCGGUGGAUUUGAGGGAUCUGGAUGUUAAUAACUUGAACGCACUGACGCUCCUGGCUCUGGACCACAUUUUUAUGCUAGAAAACCAGACCAACACCGACUAAAGAUACACUUACAAUCUUGGGAAUGUUGUACGAGUAAUCCGAGUAAUGUUGUUUUGAGAUUAACGAUGUGUUAACUCAGUAACGUGCAUUGGCAUAAGCUCUUCAUGGAUAUGUUUUUAAUUUUAAGAUGAACGCAAUUUUGUUUAGUCUAGCGGCAGAAAUCCACCAUGGGUUUUGUGACAGACUGAUUAGGUUUCAACUUUCCACUGAGCUGUUGCGCCAA